AUGACGGUGUUGCUCGCUGCACUGUUUGCAACAGUGACUUUUCAGGUGCCUUUGGUGGGUUAAAAUGUAAAAGGCAUGUUGAGAAAUCAUAAUGUGUUCAGCUGAAAGAUGAGUCACCAUUCUUCAAGUAUGUGUCAUACUUCAUUGCAACAUCCAUGGUGGGCCAGUUUGUGAACGACAGACGAUUGGAAGCAAAGAGCGGAAAUGUUUUGCAAGACAGUUAUCCUUUCUAUAUUUGACCUGUCCUCUGUAGAGGAGACUGCAUUGUGAGCAGAUAAUACAGUACAAGUCUGAAAUAGUAAUGUAGUGGGUGGGAAAUUAAGGCCAAAUAAUGCUGGCUAGCUGUAAACAAAACGCUGCUGAAUUUCUGGAUGAAGGCUCUUCAACCUGGAACAUUAAUUCUGAACCCUUUUAAAUACAAACAUGCUGCCUGACUCCCAGUGCUUGACUGCAUUUUCUGCUUUUAUUUCAGAUUUCCAUUAUUAGUGUUUGCUUUUUGAUUUAUAGUUUCUGGAGAUGAUUCAUAGCUGGGGCAAAAAAUAAUAAUGAUUGGGUCCCCUGAGGAUGCAUUUCUAAGAACUGAGUCCAGGAUAAAUCUGAGGAAUGGAUGGCAAUUAGAAUAUAUCUAACAAUGCAUUGGAAAAAAAUGGAGAGAUGCUCUAUCUACAAAAGCAGGCGCAUGAUUUAGAUUUAAGUGAGGGGAAGUCGCACAGCAUCAGCUUCGCUCUCUCUUCCCAAUUCCCAUCUGGAUCCAGUGGCAAGACAAGAGUCGAGACGGCUGGAGAUGGGACUAGGCGCAAUGGACCUUAAUAUGCUCCUUAAUAUGUGACUUGAAAAUAAAAGAAUACAAGCUGCAUUUGCAUUGAAUGAAUACCAAAAAGAAGUAAUUGAGAUGGAAAAUGCUUUUAUUAUAUUUUGUGGACUUGCCCACAAAAACUAUACUUCUCAACCAACUGAGGAAUCUCAUAUUAAAGACGUUUGUUUCAGUGAAGGUGUAAACCUUCUUGUACAUCUGACAUUUGUGUUCUGUUCUGUAAUUGGUGUUGUUGUGAUUAAGUGCAGACAACGUUCCCCUGCAACAUUCCCUACAGGUUUGAGAGGCUGGAUUCAUUUCCAAUGGCACAAUGUGCGAUGGAUAUUAACAUUUUUCUACAUUUUUAUAUCAGCCUGUGCUGUGGCAGAUGGCAUUUUAUCACAGUUGUAUUCGAAGUUGGACAGACCAUUUAUUUAUGUACCUGAUGCGGCACAACUUGUCUCAUGUAUCCUUUCUAUAGUUUACUAUGAUGUUGCGGAAAAUGCAAAUGCACCUAUGUUUUUGGUGCUUUUUAUAUUUCACUGGCCUGCUGCCUGUAGCAUUAGUGUGUUGAAGGCUUAUCAGAUGUAUUCCCAGAGGUUUAUCACCAGUGAUCUGACUUUUCUCCUCGACUGUACCUUGGCUUCAAUCUAUGGACUCUUUGUCAUUCUGGAACUCAGCAUAUUUUUUAAAAAGGGGUAUUAUGGUCCAGGGUAUUCCAGAGAUAUCCCACCCUUAGAACUACAAGACCCAGAAAAAAAAUUUCAUCAGCCUUACGUCAAUAUUUUGUCACAGAUCACCUACACGUGGAUUUCAUGGCUAUUAAUAAGUGGUUAUCGGGAACCAAUCAAGAUGGAAGUUCUAGGAAAACUCCCUCAGGAUGAAACUGCACAGAAAAAUUUUGAUUUGUUAAAAUUGAAUUAUGAUAAGGAGAAGGAAAAUACAUCCUCAAGAACAGCAGAUUCAAGAGAUCUAGUAAAAGUUAUUUCUAAAGCUUUUGCAAUGCCUUUCCUAAUAGCAGGAUUUUUGAAGAUUAUAGGUGAUCUAGCAGGAUUAGCUGAACCUUUCUGCAUUGAUGGCAUUCUCAGAUUUGUGGAUGCAGAGCCAAAAGAAUUGGAGAAGGGAGUACAUUUUGUGAGUUUCUGGGAAUUUACCAAUAAUGGCUACAUUUUGGCAUUCUUGAUGCUGUGCGCAGUGCUCUUUCGUCACCUCUGCCAACAGACAGCUUUCUACAUUGUUAUUCGAGAUGGAAUACGUAUAAAAUCUGGUCUGCAGGCCAUGAUUUAUUUGAAAGCAUUGUCACUGCCAGUGUGGGUCUUCAAUGGAGAUCAUCUGACGACGGGCCAGAUUAUCAAUUACAUGUCAGUGGAUACUUACCAAAUAAUGAUGGUGGCUUUUUUAGGAUUCUAUAUCAUUUCAAUUCCAAUACAGGUUAUACUGACAAUUCUGCUACUCUAUCUACAACUGGGGUACAGUGCUUUGAUAGGAGUCUCUAUCAUUAUCCUGCUCACCCCUCUGCAGUACUUCAUCGCGAAAAAAUUUAUUUCUAUUCAACAAGAAACAAUGAAGUGUUCAGAUGACAGGAUCAAGAAAUCCCAUGAAAUGCUGCAGAACAUAAAGCUUUUGAAGCUUUACUCUUGGGAGGGGGUCUUUACCAAGGCCAUUGAGAUGGCAAGGGAGAAGGAGCUGAAAUACAUGCUGAAAGGAGCUGUUUACGUCAUUGUGACAUUAUUCCUCACCCAAGUGACACCUGUUUUAGCAACAGUAGUGACUUUCAGUAUCUACUCUAGUUUGAGUGGAUCGCCAUUGACUGCCAAUGUGGCUUUUUCAGCACUCGCACUUUUUGAUAAAUUUAAUUCUCCACUCAUUUUGUUCCCUAUGGUUGCAAAAACAAUCGUGAAUGGAAUUGUUAGCUUUCGCCGAAUAGCAUCUUUUUUUAACACUGAGGAAUUGAAACAAAUGACAGGAUCUGACAUUGGCAAUAAAGAUGCAGGACACCACGUAAAUCCCCCAGAUACAUCUGGUAAAAAUGGAUACUUGCCUGUUGAACUCCUGCCAACAGAAAAAGAUGUUUCUGGUCAUUUCAACAGCAAUGACUCUUCGGACUACCAAGACAAAUCCCAUCCAGAUGCUAUAAUGAAUUACUCCAAUGAAACAAAGCUGGAAGAAUGUGAUCCAAAUGAUAUGGAACUCCUUCCCAAAUGCAGUACAAACUGUGUACUGGAGAUCCACCGUGGCUACUUUACAUGGAAUAGCAACUCUGAGAGAUCUGUCCUUCAGGAUAUCUCAAUAAAAAUUCUCAAAAGUAAAAUUACAGUUAUUGUAGGCAAGGUUGGGAGUGGAAAAUCAUCCCUUAUUUCUGCCAUAUUAGGAGAAAUGAUUCCUGUCUCUGGUCAUAUAGUCUGGAGAUCAGCUAACCAACCCAUGGCUUACUCCGCGCAAACAGCUUGGCUGAGAAAUGCUUCUUUACAAGAGAACAUUUUGUUUGGAGAAAGCUUUGAUGAAGAGCGUUUUCAGGCCGUGAUUGAAGCCUGUGCACUUCAGCCUGAUAUUGACAUUUUACCUGCAGGGCGGCUGACAGAAAUUGGUGAGAAAGGUAUUAACCUGAGUGGUGGUCAGAAGCAGCGUGUUAGUGUCGCACGAGCACUCUAUUCGAGGUGCCCUAUUGUAAUAUUGGAUGACCCCUUAUCAGCUUUGGAUGCACAAGUAGGAAACCAUGUUUUCCAUCAAGGGAUCAUUGGGAUUUUAAAGAAAGAAAACAGAACUGCCAUUGUUGUAACACACAAACUGGAAUACGUUGAGGAAGCAGACUAUGUAAUUGCUAUGCUGGAUGGGAAGAUUGAAAUACAAGGCACCUACCAGGAGAUUGCUAAACAAAAUCCAGAUUUGAUAAAAACGUGGAAAAGCCUGACUUUAAAAGAUGACCAUUGUGAAGAAAAACAACCUAAAUUUGAAAUGGUGACUGAAGUAUCAAAAAUGGAAAAAAGGCCUGAUGAUAAUCUGAAAGGAAAAUUAAUACAAGAGGAGGAAAAAGAAGAAGGUUCUAUAUCCAUAAAAAUAUACUGGCAUUAUGCCCGUUCCAUUGGUCUUUUCUUUUCAUUUUUGUUAGUUCUCACAGUGACAGCAAAGCAAAGCUUUCUGGUAGCUAUUGAUUUCUGGCUUGCCCGGUGGUCAUCUGCAUUCAGGAACCAUUCAGAAACUGAAACUCAGUAUGAAAAUAAUACAGGAGGUGACGUUUUCAGCCAGUACCUCCAUGGGUACAUUGGACUGGCUUGUGGAGGAAUUUUGUGUGUUUUGUUCAGUUCCUCUACCCAUGUCAUUUCAGGUUUCCGUGCUUCAAGACGUCUCUUCACAAACAUGCUGCUCAAUGUUACAACCCUCCCAUUAAGAUUCUUUGAAACAACACCUGUUGGAAGAAUUCUAAACAGGUUCUCAUCUGAUUUCAAGACCAUAGAUGAUCAGAUUCCCAUGAGCCUGGAGAAACUCAUGGCACACAUUAUGUGGUGCUUCAGUGCCAUUUUGAUCAAUGUGAUCGUGACUCCUGUUUUCCUUCUUCCAAUUGUUCCAUUACUUGUUCUGUACUAUUUUCUUCAAGUGUUUUUUAGAGCUUCUGCCAGGGAACUUCAGAGACUGAGCAGCAUCACCAAAUCACCCGUAUUUGCACAUUUUUCUGAGACUCUUGGGGGCCUGACAACUAUCAGGGCGUAUAAACUUCAAGACAAGUUCCUUCAACAAAUUCUUGAGAAGAUUGAUUGUAAUACUGUUGCUUUUUUAUAUCUGAACACUGUGAACAGGUGGCUGGCUAUACGACUGGAUACAAUUGGAACAAGUGUUGUGUUUGCUUCAGCAAUUUGCUCAUUAUUGACAGCAGCACUGGGUUACCUGCAAGCUGGCCUUGUUGGCCUUGCCAUUCUAUAUGCUUUAAAGAUGUCUUCUUACUUGAAUUGGUGCGUCCGUGAAUUUGCUGAUAUGGAAAUGCAAAUGAAUGCGGUAGAAAGAGUCAAUCAUUACACCGCCCUUCCAUCUGAACAGGAACAUGAAGAAUCACAAAUUGAUAUAGAUUUUUUUUUUCGUGUUGCUUUUCCUUUAGACUCAAAUCUCGCCAACUGGCCUCACUAUGGAGAGAUAGAGUUUAAUGAGGUCAGUGUACGAUAUGAUAAGAAGCUUGACCCUAUCCUGCACAAACUGACAUUAAAAAUUAACCCUGGAACAAGAGUUGGAAUUUGUGGCCGAACUGGAAGUGGAAAGUCAACUUUGACAUUAGCUCUGAUGAGAGUUAUUGAUAACUUUGAAGGCUGUAUAAAGGUUGAUGGUAUAGAUAUUUCCUUUGUGACAUUGGACCACUUAAGGAAAUCAAUCUCAAUAAUUCCCCAGGAUCCUAUUCUGUUCAGUGGCACAAUCAGAUUUAAUUUGGAUCCAUACUCAACACAUAGUGAUGAAGAACUCUGGGAAGCACUGGAAGUUACACAGUUGAAGCCUAUGGUCAGUGAGCUUCCUGAAGGGCUAAAUGCCAUUGUAGCAGAAGGGACUGAAAACUUCAGCCAGGGGCAGAGACAGCUUUUUUGCAUCGCUAGAGCAAUGAUCAGGAAAUCAAAAAUUAUCAUUAUGGAUGAGGCCACUGCAUCUGUUGACAUGGAAACUGAUGCUGCUCUUCAAACUGUUCUUUCUACUGCAUUUACAAAUAGCACAACACUUAUUAUCGCUCAUAGAAUACAAACUAUUAUGGAUUGUGAGAGAAUUCUUGUUAUGGACCAAGGGAGGAUUGUCGAAGAUGGAGAUCCAAAAAUCCUGCAACAAUGCGACAGUAUAUUUUCUAGACUGAUUAAAGGACCGCCAAAUCAUGAUCAGACAGAUUGCUAAAACUGUAUAUGCAUUUUUAAAAGUCCUGUAAAGUGGGAAAUGUCAGCAAGAGAACUCCUUACCAAAAGAAUACUCUAUGAAAAAGGAAAAAAAAAAGAGUGAUUUUAAAUAUUGUAUUAUAACAAAGUAACUUGAAGAUUUGAUUUUGGUGCCUAAUUUGAGUGUUAAUAUGUGAUUAAACGUAUUUAUACAUUUGUUUGUGGUAGCUAGUCCUAAACCUGGUGCUGUAAGAAUUACCAACCAUUCAACUUGUAUACUGUGUAUCACUUGAUAAUUCACCAGAGUCUGUUGUGUAAAAUAAGAUGUCUACUAAAUAUUGUUGAUACAAGGAAUGUCUUCCAUUCAGACUUGAUUAAUGUUUCUCUAUUGAAUAUAGUGUAGCUGCAAGGUAGAUGAAGUUCUACUGGAAAAAUGUUACAGUUGAUAAGUAAAUUAGUAAUAUUUGGAUUUGGUACUGUUUUUCCAUAUUUUAAAUAAAGUUAUGAGAUUCCAAUUAGAUAAAUAGAAAUCUGCACUAUAGUAAAUUCAGGUUUUACUAAAAAGAAAUCAACUGCCUAUGUUUUGUGUCAAAGUUAAUAUAAAAUCAUGAAUAUUAAUAAUUGGAAACUUUUAUAGAAUGUGGUAUAGUACAGGGCAACACAGGAACAGACCCUUUAGCUUAAUUAGUUCAGCAUAACAUAAUGGGCCAAUGACACCUGAUCACUCUGCCUGAACAUGGUCCCUAUUGCUCCAUUCUGUGCAUAUUUGUGUGCCUAAGAACCUCUUAAAUACUUCUGUCAGAUCUGCCUCCACCAUCACCCCUAGCAGCAUAAGCACCCACCACUCUGCAUUUUAAAAAAAAACACUUGGCUUGCAAUUCUCCUUUGAACUUUCCCCCCUCGCACCUUGAAUAUAUAUUCCACAGGGAUAUAUACCCUCUAGUAUCAGGCAUUUUGACUAGGGAAAAAGAUACCAGCUAUCUACUCUACCAACGUCUUUCAUAAUUUUAUAAACUUCAAUCAGGUCAGCCUCUACCACUCAAGAGAAAUUAAUCUUAGUUUGUCCAACUUCUCCUCAUACCCUCUAAUCUAGGCAACAUCUUGGUAAACCUUGCCCAAACUCUCUCCACAGCUGCCUCUUCCUAUAAUGGAGUGACCAAAAUUGAAUACAAUACUUCAGAUGUGGCUUAAUUAAAGUUUAAUAAAGCUGCAACAUAAUUUCCUGACCCUUGAACUCAGUACCUCAACUUAUAAAGUAGACAAGUCAUAUGCCUUCUUUACGACCCUAUUGACUUGUCACUCUCAGGGCGCUAUCAACUUGGACCCCAGUACAGUAUCACUCUACGUCAAUACUGUUAAGGAUCCUGCCAUUAACAGUGUAUUUUUCCUUAAUCAUUAAUAUCUCAAAGUGCAACACCUCACACAUAGCCAGAUUAAACUCCCCCUAUUACUUUGCUUUUAUCUGAAUUAACCAUCAUACUGCUAUAUCCUAUGGCAACCUUCUACAUUACAAUACCAAUAUGUGUCAUCAGCAAACUAUAUUUUAUAAUUUCACAAACAGCAAAGAUGCAAACAGUACAGAUCCCUGUGGAACACACUAGUCACAAAUGUCAAGCCAACAGACCCACUGAGCGCUGCCCACCAUCUUCUAUGGGCAACCCAAAAGGCCAAAUCUCUCUGGAUCCUAUGCAUAUUAAUUUUCUAGGUGAGCUACCAAGAAGGACUUCCGAAAAUCCAUGUAAACAACAUCCACUGUUCUACCUUCAUUGCUUUCAUUUAUCGUCUCCUCAAAAAACUCAAUUCAGUUGGGAGGACAUGACCUGGCCUGCACAAAACCAUGCUUUUCCAAAUGCUCAUAAAUCUUCUAACUAAUAGCUGAUGAGAACCCCACCAACCUAUAGUUUUCAGGGUUAUUCCUACUUCCUUUCUUGAACAAAGGAACAGCAUUAGAUAGACAUUUUCGGUCCUUUGUGAUCAUCUCUGUGGCUGGAAAGAACACAAAAGAUAUUGGGCAAGGCUCUAGCAAUCUCAUCAUUUGCCUCUCUUAGGCACAGAUCCAUCUUAUAAUGUUCUUUAAGAGACCCAACACAAUGCCUUCCUAGCAUUAUUACAAUCUCCACACUGAUCUCACUCUCCUCCACAAGCUCCCUUUGCUAAAUACAGAUGCAAAUUACUCAUUUAGAACCUCACCCAGCUCCUCUACCUCCAACCAAGUUCCCUCCUUUAUCCUUGAGUAGUUCUACCAUCUCCCUUGUUAGCAACUGAAAUAGAAAGGUAUUUAGGUCUGUUGUGAUAGUGAUUGUCCAUAUUUUAGUGAGGUAACUGAAUGUGUCAAAGAGGUUAGCCUACAUGGACUUCAACAGGCCUUUGACAAAAUCCUGCUUGAAAGAUUGGUCCAAAAAGUAAGAAUACAUGAUCUUCUGGGUCAACUUGCAUAAUUGGAUAUAAAGUUGGUUUGGUGAUAAGAGUCAGGGUAAUGGUUGAAAAUUGUGUUUCCAAAUGGAAGCCUGUAACCAGUGGAGUAUCCCAAACAUCAGUGCUAGCACUCUUGCUCUUUGUAAUGCAGAUUAAUGACAUGGAUGUGAAUGUAAGAGGUAUCUUCAGUGUGUUCAGAGGUGACACCACAGUUGGUAGAGUUUUUGAUAGAGAGGAGAGUAGUCUUUGGCUAUAGAACAAUAUUGAUAAUUUGGCAGAGAAAUGUGAUAUGAUAUAUUUUGGGAGGAACACUAAGGCUUGGACAUACAAAAGCACCAGUAGGACUCUUGGAAAAACAGAGGAAUGUAGAAUAGGGAAAUGUGCACAGCUUCUUGAAGUGCAAUUCAAAAGAUGAAUGCCUCAUGAUUCUCUGGCUCAACAACACAAAACCAACAUGUUACUAUCAUUACUACAUAUGUCCAACAUGGUAGCUUCAGAUGACAUCAAAGAGGACUCAACUCUGACCUGCAUUCUAUAAAGAACCAACCUGACACGUCCCUACAAUGAACGUGACUGGCAAGGAAGGCAAACUCCUACAGGGUCCUUCUUCUUACAAAAUGUUUGGGGUAUGGUCUUUUCAUAAAGAACACUUUAUUUCAUCAGAGGCCAAACACAAAAUAUCAUGAUAACAAUACCGAUCCAAGCUGUCACACCUGCUGGAUUACAUCAUCAGCCAAGGGACUGUAAAGAUGUACAUAUUGUCCAUACCAAUGACAACUAUCAAUCACUAAUGGACUCACCAUAGUAACAGCUGGACUGGUGUAAUCCACUAACCUAACCUAGAAACAUCAAUGUCAUCAAGCAAUUCUGCAAGAAGAUCAAUGUCAAAGCAAUCAUGGACCUCACAGAGGCAGCUCUUCUCAGACAGCAUCUCAUGGACUAUCUAGACAUGGAGUUGACGGAGUAUUCACAGAUUAUGGGCCACAGUGCAGUUCACUAUAACUGACACUUGGAAAACAAAGAAAAAUCAAAUAGGGGCUACUAAAUUCUAAGAUGCAUACCUUUACUGAAAUUCAUCAGCAAACAACAGCAGUCACAAAUUUAUAAUCUGUUCGCAGGCAUCUGGAAAAAGAAUAUUCUAGGGGAUUUCCAAGAACAUGCAACUCUAACCACUUUCCAGAAAGGGACAAGUCCAGCUAUGGUAACUUCAGGGGGUGCCCCUGCUGUAUCUAAUGGGAAAGUCAUUGCCAUAGUACUUCUCCAUCUCUUCCUCCCACUGACUAAAGCUGCUCUCAAAUCGUAAUGAGGAAUCUAUCCAUCUAUAGCCACAAUGGACUGAAGGAUAUAAAAUGAUUAACUUUAUCGUCAACAUCGGCAAACCAUAGGUCCUCUACCCACCUCUCCAUGCUGUAUCACUUUGUCCUCCUACAAUAAAAAAAUACUGUAUGAUACUGAAAAAUAUGGACACCCUCGUACAUCUUCAGAGCCAUCUCUCAGUGACUGUGAAUGGUGGUACCAGCGUAAUCUUUUAUCAACUACUGGAGAAAAGCAUAUUUUAAGAACAAGUUCUCAGACCCGACAUAAUACUCAGUUUUCCAGUUCUGAGCUAAAACAUUUGAUUCUGUUGCCACAGAUGCUACUUGAUCUAUUGAGUAUCUUCACCGUUUUCUAUGUUAUUUCAGAUUUCUAUUGUCUGCAGUUCAUUACUUUUGGAAAGAAGCUCAGUAUUUGUGUGUACAUGUGUUUCAAUAUACAGUGUUUAAGUGUGUAUUCACAUAUAUGAACAUUUCUAUGUUAAUGAAUGUAUGCAUGCAUGUCUGUGCCUAGUUCUUUUUCUGUUGGAAAUUAAUGUGCCUUUUUAUCUCUAUUAUUGAUAAAAUUGCCUCAAUUGAG